CCCCAGGGCCUGUGGGGAACCCCAGGGCCCAGAGCCCCAAGGGGCCCCAAGACUCCCAACACACCCAGGUCCCCAAGGUCCCCAAGGGGCCCCCGAGGAACCCCAGAGGCCGAGGGCACCAAUGGCCCCAGUGCCCCUGAGGGCUCCAAGGACCCCAAGGGCCCCAAAGGGGCCAAAGGGUCCCAGGGGCCCCAAGGGCCCUUGAGGGGCCCCAGGAUCCCAGGACCCCCGAGGGCCCCUGAGGCUCCCGAGCCCACCAAGGACCACCAGGGCCCCCAAGGGCCCCCAGGGCUCUGGAGGGCCCCAACACCCUUAAGGCCCCCCAAGGAUCCCCGAGGGACACAAGGGACCCCAGGGCUCCCAGGGUCCCCAAGGCCCCCUGAGGCCCCCAAGACCCCC